AUGAACCCUCUGCAGAUUGCUGUUGUCGGUCUUGGGCGUAUGGGCAAGCGACAUGUUCAUACCCUCUUGUAUCGUGUCCCACGAGCUAAAGUUGUGGCCGUGUGCAGCACAGACCCUCAGGAGAUCAAAUGGGCCCAGGAGAAUGAAGAAUACAGAGAGUUUGGAAUUGCUGUUUAUAGCAACUAUGAUGAGAUGCUAGCCCACCGCGGCUUGCAGGCUGUGUGGAUUUCCACAAGCACCGAUGUUCAUGCGAGCCAGUCAUUGGCGGCUAUUGCGAAGGGAGUCCAUGUGCUCUGUGAGAAGCCGUUGAGUACCGACCUUGUAGAGGCUCAAUCUGUUGUCGAUGCUGCUAAGCAGAACCCUUCAGUAAAGGUCAUGGCGGGCUUCUCUCGCCGCUUUGAUGCUUCGUACAGGGACGCAGGCCAUAAAAUCUAUGAUCAGAAUGCUAUCGGAUCUCCCUUUAUGGUUCGAUCGAACACUUGCGACCUACGUGAUGAGACUGGAUUCUUUGUCCGAUAUGCGACGCGGAAUGGCGGUAUCUUUGUCGACUGUGCCAUCCACGACAUCGAUCUAUCUCUGUGGUAUCUCGGCAGCCCUGUUCCUAAGGCUUGCUGGGCCGCAGGUACACUUCAGCAUCACCCAGAGCUCAAGGAACUCUCUGAUGUGGACAAUGCCGUUGGCAUCGUUGAGUUUUGGGGUGGAAAGAUCGCUUAUUUCUACUGUUCCCGCACGCAGGCCCACGGCCACGACGUCUGCACCGAGAUUACUGGCACCCAUGGUAAGGUGAUGGUGAAUGUUAUUCCUAAGCAAAACAAUGUUGUUCUUGCCGAUAAGCUGGGUAUCCGCCACGAGGUACAGCCAGAGUACUGGCAAAGAUUUGAAGAUGCAUUUGCCCUGGAGGCCAAUGAAUUCAUGGAAGCCAUUCUUAAGGAUAAGGAUGUCCCUGUGAAGCUUGAGACUGGAAUUAAGGUGAUGAAAAUUGGACAGGCCUUGCAGCAUGCUCUUCUUUCGGGCGAGGUUGUUCGAUUCAAUGAGAGUGGCGAACGGUUGAACUAG